CAUUUCCUGCUCUGACUUCACACAGAGGGGUGUGGAGAACAGCUCCAAGACAUAACAAUUGUUAGAUUUAAAAAUGGCAUCAAGAAGUUGACCCCAUCAUUUGUCCCAAGAAAUGGCAGCAAAUGAGGUUAAAUUUGUGCGUAUAUAACUAGGGGAUUGAGCCAGAUGCCAAGCUAAGUUAGUACACUAUCUAGGAGAGAUGGAGACAGAGAUAGAAAGGGAGAAGAUGGAGAGGGGCAAGUCUGAGCUGAGGGUGGCCAUGGAGGAGCUCUGCUUGCUCAGCCCAGGAGAUGGUGAAGAACAGGAGCAGGAGCAGCAACUUAGGUCAUCCACCAUGGAUCUCCUCUGUGUCUCCAAGCAGCUUCUGCAUGUCCUUGAUGAGAUUGGGCCAACGUUACUAGUCCUCAGGCAAGACAUUCAGCAAAAUGUUCAGAGACUACAAGAUCUCCAUGCAAGAGACUCCUCGAAAUAUGCGACUUUGACCGCGAUUGUGAUAGAGGAAGUGGAGGAGGGGACCUCAAAGAAGACCAACAGUUGCACCAGGGCUAUUAUCUGGCUGGCUAGGUCGAUAAAUUUCUCAGUACAUUUGCUGGAGAGAUUAAUGAAGAACCCAGAUUCAAGCCUGAAAAAGAUGGUGGAAGAAGCAUACAACAGCACCCUGAAGCCAUUCCAUGGAUGGAUCUCAUCAGCUGCUUACAGGGUAGCAUUGGGUCUCAUUCCGGAAAGAGAGAUCUUUAUUCAGCUGCUGAUGGGGAACUGCCAGGAUCCUGAGGAUUUUGGAGGAGAUGUCAUGAUCUUGGUCUCCAUUGUACAGCCUCUGCUAGAAGAGAUCAAUGCCAUUUUGGUCAGUGUUCCCAUCCACAUGCACAUCUUCUUAAUUAAUCAGUCAUUGCAUUGCAUGAGAGAUAUGUGUUUUCUGAUACCGUUCAUGGUUAAUCUACAGGUCAAACACCAGCUGGACAGGCUCAAAUCCACCUGAAAAACAAGGAUGGCCAAUCACCUGAUGAUUGUACAUAUCUACUACUGUACUGCACAAGCUAAUUAACCUACCUUGCGUUGUAAAAUGAAGAUUAAGGACUUCUUUGUUGGUGGGUUUUUUUAAGCAACUGCUGGUGGUUGGUUCCAGACUCCCUUUUUGUUAAGCUGUCACAGAUGUCUUUGCUGUAUGUCUUUGUGCCCUUGUAGUUUUAGUGGGUUGGAUGUAUCGAGAACUUAUUUACCUGAAACAAAAUGCAUCUCCUGUUUCUCUUU